AAUAUUAGUCGAGAACUGGGAUCGAUGUGAUCGACUGUUCCCUGCCUCCAAAUUUGAGGCCUCAUCUCUAUGCAAAGACAUCAACUUUCAAAUAUUUAAGUCAUGAAUUGUUUAUAAAUAACAUACAUAGACACACACAUACAUAAACACCAUACACACAAUUAGACGUACAUAGAUAUAUACACGGAGUCUCUUUGCAGCCAGGAACAAACGAUAAGACAAUUUUUUGGAGAUACAUACGCCAUAAAAAGAUUUCAAUGCGGUAAUAGUUCUUCAUUGAACAAUGAAAGUUUCCGUUAUUUUUACCUUUCUCUUUACAACUGUGUACGCCUCACCCUGGUUUCAAUCCUGUUCCUACCUUCGAGACUUAGACUGCACCAAUGCCGCAUCGGCAGUGAUAUGUGGUACCAAUCAUGUGACCUACAAUUCAAACUGCGACUUUGCCAAAGCCCACUGCAGAGACAGGACAUUAUAUGUAAAGCAUCGUGGUGAAUGUACAGGCAAACCAGAGCUGAAUAUUAACCCACACAAGAUCGCUUUUGAAGUGUUUUGCCAGGCUUUCUUGACAGAGAGUUGUGGCAAUGAAGAAGAAAUUGUCUGCAGUUCAGAUCUGAAAACAUAUCGAAAUCUGUGUGAAUUUGAAAAAUCCAAAUGUCUAAAUCGUCUACUGAAGCUACAUCAUAUUGGGCAUUGUUAGGGUGAUGGAAGUGAGAUGCCAUCUUUCUGUCAUUAAAGAUUUACAACCAAGACUUCUGACAUGAAAUAUCUCUUCGCAUUCAAAAUUGAACACUUAUUUUUAAAAAAAUUUCUUUGAAAUAAAAGAAUAAAAAAAAG